GGCGUUUUGCCUCCACUUUACAAUCGUCAAUUGUUGUUGUGGCUGCCGGUGCAUGCUGUCAUCAGUGCACUGGAUGUUGGAGCGAACAACAGAGACAGAGACACGCAGCGCCCCUCUCUUUGUGCUACUAUCUAUCUAGCUAGCUAGUCUAUCAUCUAUUGUCGCUCUAUUAUCAUCUAUUUGCUACCCAUCUUAUUAGUCAGGCAUCCACACGCACCACCAUGGCACAUUCAUCAUCCUCAUCAUCUCCAACGAAAUUUCGCAAACAACGGAGGAUAGUCUCUCUUCCGCCGCGUCCUUAUCUACCACUACUACUGAUAAUAGCCGUGUCAUUAUUAUCCCAAUCACCAGGUGUUUGGGCAGGCUACUUUCGACGUCCCAGUUCGGGUGCCUCUACCAGCAGUUCUUCCACUAGUAGCAGUAGUGGAGGUGGAGGAGGAUUUGGGUUUGGUAGCGUGUCACAAACCUUGCGCCAAAAGAAUGACAAUGACGAGGAAGAAGAAGAGGAGGAAAAAGAACCAGUGGCACAAGUGGCAGAACCUGAAGAUAACGAUCAAGGAGAAGAUAACAAUGAAGACGAACCCUUCUUUCUAGACGACAAUAAUAAGAAUGACCAAGGAGAGGAUAAGGAAGAUGAAGAAACCUUUUUUGCGCUCGACGAAACCGACUUUCCAACGGGAAUGAUACCCACUGAGAGUCCAGCACCCACGGAAGCACCUUCGGUAUUCCCCACUACCGACGACGAAACAGGCGAUAUUGAUGCAGCACCACCCCUGCCACAAGACGAGUUUUCCACGAUGGACGAAGGAACUUUUGCCGUACCCAGUGUACCCACACAAAUGCCAACUUUUAUGCCCACAAAGAGUGAAUUCCCCUCCCAGCAGCCCAUGACAUUGCCUCCUACAACGGCGGCUACCACCAUCUUUUCGGCACCCAACAAUACGGCUACUACUACCACACCACCAGCAGAAUUAGUGGAAACAGAUUCUCCGACCAGUGCGCCGUCCAAGGUUGUCAUCGCUACCGGUACAGUAACUAGACCUACUGUUGUUAUGGAGGAAGAACCAAUGACGACCUCAAAUGCCACGGACGAGGAGGCGACUCAGCCCGUGAAUGAUACAGAUGCCACCACACAACCUCUACUAGACUUUCAGGAAGAAGAACAACAAGACACGGAAGACACUACGACGGAAAUGAAUGACAACAUUGAAGCAGAAGAAGAGGUUGUGUCAUCUCCUGCUCCAACGACUGCUCCAGACCCCACAGCAGCUCCUACCGAUUCGUCUACAUUGGCACCGUCGACACCGGCACCUUCCACGCCGAACCCAUCCACGGCACCGCCACAGCCCGAAUUCCCACUCUCGGGACAGCUCUCCCUUCAACUCGAGGGCAUUGACACGGUCUUUCCCGGAGACAUGCGCAUGAUCUUUUUGGCCACGGCCGAUGAAUUCAUUGCCUCGGCCGCCAAGGGACACGUCGAAGAUAUUCGUGUCACGGUCAUUUAUCAAAAUGUCGGCCCACAAUCACGCAUGAGGCGAUUGCAGUCUGCCCUGCAAGUCGAUUUGGGAGUGGAAGGAUUGGCAUAUGAUGAAUUGCUCGGAGCCAAGGAUUGGAACAAGUGGCUGCACGACCUAUUUGCGCAAGGUUCCGUCGAAUUUGUCACCAUGUUGCAAGACUUGGCCAAAGCCGAAGAAAACACCUUUUUUGAACCACUCACGGCAGUGACACCGCUCGAACCCGCCACGGCCAUUAAUGCACCCACGCAGCCUCCUAUCACCAGUCCUCCUUUGGUGACUACCAGCAAUACUGCUAGUGAAACAGGCGCCAGUGGCGGUGGCGACGACACUACGGAAGGUGGAGGGAUCCCCAUGAUGGCAAUUGUCGGAGCCGCUGUCGGUGGAGUUGUCUUUUUGAUUGUCGGUGUGCUGUUGAUACGCUACGUCUGGUACAUGCAACGGCAAAAAUCAUUGGGAGGAAGUGUUAACAAUAGUAUUGCCGAAAACUUUGGUCCGACACAUUCCGAGGACGCUGCGGAAGAUGCUCCGACAGCGGCAGCAGCAGCAACCUCCUCCAAGACGAACAGAUGGACCAGCAAAACCAAAGCACCGACCACUGGAAUUCAAACCAAACCAUCGAAUGGAGCCGAAAGCAGCGUCUCUUCGAGCUCCUACUUGACCAACAAUGCCAACCAUAACAACAAUUUUGGUAGCUCCGCGGCCUUUACUCCCAGCACACAUCAACCGAUAUCGUCGCCUCCCUCGGAUUCCGACAAUAUGAGUCAAAUGGGCGCUACUACGACCGGAGACAUGUCCGUCAUGGACAAUGCAUCCUAUGCCUACAGUCUCGAACCAGGCAUUGAACCCAGUGUUGCUGGAGGAGUGCCUCAAAAUGUCGUUCCCAGCAGUGGAGCGUCGGCCAUGAGCUAUACGGUUUAUCCCGGUGGAUCGUCCGUGGCGAGUAUGACGUCGGGAACGUCUUCCUUUGCCUUUCUAAAAAUGCCCAUUGCGAACCGCAAUGGUGGUGGCAUAAGUGGAAAACCCACCAAGGAUGUCUUGGCACCGGCCGGCAAGUUGGGCAUUGUCAUUGACACGACGCUUGAUGGACCCGUUGUGCACAAGGUGAAUCCUGGGUCAGCUCUAGAAGGCAAACUCAAAUCAGGCGAUAUCAUUGUCGCGAUUGACGAUGUGGAUACUCGUGCCAUGACGGCAGCUUCCAUUACGGCCCUCAUGGUCAAAACAGCCAACCAAAGACGAAAACUUAGUGUCAUCAGCCCUUGAGCCAACCCUCCACCACUGGAACAAUCUGCAGAAGACCCAACUUCCACAGAGCUUGCGAACACACUGAAUGAAACGUUACUUUCUAGAGGCCGCACUAAUCAUUCAGGUAAACAAAUUGUGCAUCUUAUUGGACUAUCCUGUUUCAACUCUAGCAAGCUAGCUACCAGUAGUCGACUGUAUUACAGCCGUAGUGAACACAGAGCA